GCGGAAUAUUCACUGCGGCUUCAUUUCAGUGGACGAUUCCUACGCUCCAUGCGGCUGAGUGGUGUCUGAAAGCAUCAGUAUGGACAUGGUGAAGAUAGAGCAAGUCAUUGUUGGGAGUGAGAGGAGAUCCAAUGCAGCGGAGAUCAAGACUGAGCCUGGGGUCGCCCCUCUGCAGCCCUAUCAGCAUGAGAGUCUGCAGUGUUUUCAGUGCUUCAUCACCUUCUGUAACUCCAAAGCCAAGGAGAGACACAUGAGGAAGAGUCAUCGGGAACAAUACAAACAGCAGCUGCAGCAGACUGAUACAGUCUUCACUUGUUAUAAGUGUGACAAAAGUUUCUCCGCCUCUGACGAGCUCAGCCAGCACCAGGCCACCCACAGCAGAGAGGAGAAGCCCUUCCACUGUCUGUACUGCCGGAAAAACUUCUUUACCUUUACUGAGCUGAACAAACACAGACGACAAGAGUGCAUAGAACGACGGUGUCCCUGCAGGGACUGUGGCGCCUUGUUCCCCAGUCCCUCACGCCUUCGCAACCAUCGCAUUGCAGUGCACCCCCAGCGUCCUGUAGUGGCUGACGACAUCAACACCUUCCAAUGCUGCAAAUGUAGUCGUGGUUUCCCGACAGAAGAAGAGCUCUUGCAGCACCAGGAGAGAUUUGCCAAUGAUAUAAACUGUGACACUAAGCCCCAGGGCAAAAAACGUGGCCGUAAACCCAAGAACGCAGCUCAAGAAGAGAUGGUUGAGAUCAAAAAGAUCAAACAAGAAGACGAAGCAGAGGGAUACAAUGACUCUACAACAGAGGGAUGCCCCUCCAAUGAUCUGGAACAGGAGCUCAAGAUUCCUUGUUCUGAAGCAAAGUGUGACCUCAUAUUCCCGUCUGUUGCAGCCCUGCGGGCACACAAGAGGGAGAAACAUGGGCUUACCCCUCGCAAGCCUCACGUAUGCACAGAGUGUGAUGAGAGCUACGCUCGGCUCGAGCAGCUCACAGCACACAUGGCCAAGGACCACAACUCUGGAUACACCUGCCCCACCUGCGGAAAGUGCUUUGCACGAGAGAGCAACCUAAAGACCCACCAGAGCACCCACACUGAAGGAGAGGAGGCAGCAGAGAAAAGAUAAUAUACGGGGAAAAGACUGUAACUUCAUCCUAUAUCGUUCAGUUCAAUGAUUGUCAGAGUGUUUCCCACCAUAACUCUGUUUAGUGUAGGUUGAAGAUUUUUAUGUGAACAUUUCAGGGUGAGAGUUUUUGAAGCAAGGUUAUGCAACACAUAAAUUAUGGAGGUUGUAUCUGGAAUGACGUUUUUCAAUUGCUUUUGGAAAGACAUCCUACACCUGUGAAUAAAACUCUGCACCGAUCUGUACAUAAUUAUGAUUUAUGUCCACUGUAAGCUCAUGCCACAUGGCCCUUGUUGCUGUCUAUAUUACCUCUAUUGUACCUGGAAUGUUUUUUUUAUUUCGUAAGUACCUAAGUACCCUAAGUAGCUAUUUCUCCCUCAAGUGUGGGAAUGUUUUCUAUUGAACUGUACUAUUUUCAGGAAAACACGAGGCUGACAAUUACAUGGAGAAUGUAAGUUCUAAAGAUCAUAAAAUCCAAUAUGUCAUAAAUAGGCCAGUGUAUAGGAUUCUGUACCAAUCAUGUAAUCCGCAGGUCUUAUUUUGCUCUUUACAGAAGUAAACAAUUGUUGCAUUAAACAAUACUUAUGUUUC